GAGAGAGAAGAUCUGAUCACCUGCAAUUAAAGUUGGUACAGAAACCUUUUCAACUCCAAAAAUGUUGGAGGAAGAUAUGGAAGUGGCCAUCAAGAUGGUGGUUGUAGGGAAUGGAGCAGUUGGAAAAUCAAGUAUGAUUCAGCGAUAUUGCAAAGGCAUUUUUACAAAAGACUACAAGAAAACCAUUGGAGUUGAUUUUUUGGAGCGACAAAUCCAAGUUAAUGAUGAAGAUGUCAGAUUAAUGUUAUGGGAUACGGCAGGUCAAGAGGAAUUUGAUGCAAUAACAAAGGCCUACUAUCGAGGAGCCCAGGCUUGUGUGCUUGUAUUUUCCACCACAGACAGGGAAUCUUUUGAAGCAAUUUCCAGUUGGAGAGAGAAAGUAGUGGCCGAAGUUGGAGACGUGCCAACUGUCCUUGUACAAAACAAGAUUGAUCUCUUGGACGAUUCUUGUAUAAAGAACGAGGAAGCUGAGGCUCUCGCCAGAAGGUUGAAGCUGAGGUUCUACAGGGCGUCGGUGAAGGAGGACCUCAACGUGAACGAAGUUUUUAAAUAUUUGGCUGAAAAAUAUCUUCAAAAACUCAAACAAAUAGCUGAGGAUCCAGAAUUAAUGCAUUCAAGUAGUAACAAAAUUGGUGUCUUUAAUACAUCUGGUGGCGGUCACUCGGGUCGGAAUUCAAGUACCCUUAAUGGUGGAGAUGUCAUCAAUCUUAGACCCAACAAACAGAGGACCAAGAAAAACAGAAAUCCUUUUAGCAGCUGUAGCAUACCCUAAAACAUUUUAGGGAGGAAAAAGAUUGAGUUGUAUUGUGCAAUUCAGUAAGAAAUCCAUUCAGCUGUCACGGUAUGUUGCAAGUGUUUUAGCAGACUUUGCACCUAAUGGCUCUCUGAAAGGCGCCAGACGUAAGUAUUGUUCUGCACUGCUUUUCAGAAUGGAGUGAGAUCUGUGCUGGACGAAUGACUGCCCUGUGGACUCAUUUUAAUUUUUUUACAUUAGACGAGGCUUCUCCUGUUUUUGAAGGAAUGCUGUAUAAGAAAUGUCAAAAACAGGUUUUGCCGAAUUUUAAAUGCUGGAAAACAUAAAUGAAAUGCCUAAAUAUAUUGGUACAGAUUUUAAUAUUAUGGGUCAAGGGAAGAUAGCAAGCAUUCUUUUUCUGAAAUCGGUCAUCUAGCUUUUCUGGAAAAUAGUAUUGAAUCCGAAUACUUACAAAACAAUAAUAUUGAAAGGUAAACCCUAAAUCUUGCCAGACUGCAUUAGUGUGUACUUGAGCAACGUUACUUGUGCAAUAUCUGUAUAACGCGGAAUGUGGAGGUAUGCAUGCAGAUAUCUGGUACUGAAAUAAGCUGAAAGGAUGUGCAGUAUUUAAGGGAACAUAGAAUCUAAUUCAUUGAUUCAUAAAACCAUUUACACAUAGUGUGUAUGUUAAAAAUUUUAUUUUCAAAUAAGAAAUUCCAGACAUAUAUUUUGCAAAAGGAGCUCAGAUUUAAAAAGUGCUUUGUGCCAAAAAUAUCAUACCUAAUUUUUACAGUGCUUUACUAUCAGAAUUUAUAUUGUUUAUAGUAUCUUUUAAAAGCAGUUUUCCUCUCUGACAGAUUACAUAAAAGAGGAUUAUAAAUGAUUUAAUGCUAGAGCAUCUCCCAGGUGAGACUUGUUGCAGAUCUUUUUCGUACGUCCAACCGUAGGUGUGGUGACGACGAUCCACAGCCCGUCUGCGGUUAGUCCCUGCGUCCCGUGAAGUGCGACGGUGCCUCUGGCACCUUUUGCUGCUGACUGAAAAUGUAAUUUUGAACUUUUAGGAUUAUACUAACAAUUUUUAAAAAUGCACAAGAGAUGAUCUUUUGUCUUAAUCCACAUUAUGGAUUUUAUAAUGCCUGCAAUUCUAAAGCAUCUUUUUGUUUACACAUUUUUGUAUAGUAUUUUAAGAUUAUCACUUAAAAGUUUCUAUAACCUUCGGUUUGUAUAGCACUUUCUCAAGAGCUCUGUCAGCACCAAAUACAAAAGAAUUUCUUUUAAGAAAUAAUUUUGAUAUGUAAUCAUGUGGCAGAGCAUAAAUUUUCUGACUUGGGACAGUAGCUUUCC